AGAACGUAGGGUUUGGUGCGCCUCGUUGAGCGCGACCCAACCCUGCUGUUUUUGAGCGCAUCCAAGUAUCCACGCGCUCCCACGCGCCGCUCCAAGUGUCUGUCCGUCAAAGCGCGUGUGUCUCACGCGCCGCCUUCUGGUCACCGGAAGUCCGCCACGCCGCCACCGUUGUGUUCGCCUGAGCUGUCUGGGUCCGUUUCAGACCUCAGUUUAUUGUUCCAGUUGGUCUUUUGGGUCGCGGUCACUGUUCAUCUCCUCCUCUUCGUAUUUAUUUCCAAUUUUCUUCUUCUCCCAUGGCUUCUUCAGGUCCUGCUCUUGCUAUUGCUGGUACACCUACCAUUACUGCAGAAAAGUUAAAUGGGAAGAACUAUCUUUCAUGGGCUGCAUCUGUGGAACUUUGGUUCCUUGGUCAAGGACACCAUGACCACCUAGAAAAGGAAGACAUUGAGGGGUCAAUAGAGAAUAAAGCUCAGUGGAAGAAAGUUGAUUUUCAGUUAUGUGCUGUUUUGUGGCAAUCUGUGGAACCCAAUAUACUUGGAACACUUAGAGCCUUUAAAACUUGUUGCUCUUUUUGGAAGAAGGCUCAAAGUAUCUAUGCUAAUGACAUUCAAAGGCUGUAUGAUGCUGCACAAAAACUAGCCUCUUUGAGACAAACUAGUCAUGAUAUGGUUUCUCAUGUGGCUGAAGCUCAAGCUGCCGUGGAAGAACUAAAAUUAUUUCUUGAUGAUGAGUCAUUGGAAGGAAUGAAGAAGAAACUUGAUAGGCUAUAUAUGGUGAUGAUUUUAAGAACAUUGCAUUCAGACUUUAAUCAUGUUCGUGAUCAACUCCUGACCGGUCAUGAAAUCCCCUCAAUGGACAACUUAGUUACUAGACUACUUCGAGUUCCAACUGAAUCCAAGAGUGAAAAUUCUACCGCCAUUGUUGAAGCUUCUGCUAUGGUCUCUUCCAAGGGAAGGGGUGGUCGUGGAAACCGAGGAAGAGGGGGUAGAAGUGGCCGUCCUCAAUGUUCCUACUGCAAAAGGAUGGGUCACACUCAAGAGAAUUGUUACUCUCUCAAUGGUUUUCCAGAAAAGAUAGCAAAUCUGUCCAAGUCUGAUCAAUCAGAAAAGGUUGAUAGGAAGAUUCCUGAAAAUGAUUACCAAGAAUAUCUUCAAUGGAAAGCUAUGAGUCAAGCUCAAUCUUCCUCUACUCCUACUAUUUCUACAGCCUGUAUUUCUCAAUUAACUGCAAGUCAAAGUCCAUGGAUCAUUGAUUCAGGUGCCUCUGAUCACAUAGCUGGAACGUGGUACGGGCAAGAUGAUUGGCGUAGGACAUGAAUUUGGUGGUCUUUACUAUUUUGGAAUGCAACCAUCAGUAUCUUGUGUUGCUGUUUUGCCACCCAAGCUUUUGCAUGAUCGUUUGGGUCAUCCAAGUUU